AUGGGAGCCUUCAAGUCUGCUAUCAACUCUUUGAGCUGCUUCCAAGCUGCACUUGUGCUUGUGCUGUUGAUUGCCGCAGCAGAGACCCAGAGGGCUGAGGCACAGAGCAGCAGCAGCUGCUCAACUGAGCUGAGCAGCCUCAAUGUGUGUGCACCAUUUGUGGUGCCUGGCUCAACCAACACCAACCCAAGCUCUGACUGCUGUGGUGCUCUCCAAGCCGUCCAUCCUGACUGCCUCUGCAACACUCUCAGGGUCGCCGCUCGCCUUCCCGCUCAGUGCAACCUCGCCCCCAUCACUUGUGAUACCAACUGA